AUGUGGUGGAAACCAAAGGGGAAGUGUGCCGCGGUGGGGCACCGGCACAAGACCGGGCCUCAGCGGAUGACAUUCGGCAAGAACACCGACAACCAGGCUUGCCCAAGGCCAUUACCUCCACUGGCAAUUGCUGAAGGCAAGCCCAUGCAGAACACUGGUGGCUUCUCCAGCUACAUUUCCACCCUUUCCCACCCUUGGCAGAAUGCAACAGUGAACAGCAGCAGCAGCAGCAACAGCAGCAAGACAAUGCACAGCGUUAGAGUUCAGCAGACCUACUGGUUGGAUGAAAGAUCCGAACUCAGACUCCAGCAGUUGGGAGCGGUUCUGACUGACGAGGUCAUCGUGAAGGAUGACUACUAUGACAACGACACGUUCGAUUUGGCCACCAACCAAAUCUGGCUGAGUCAGAGGGACUCGCAGUGGCAGCUCAUCGUCGCGCGCCCAACAUCGAACGCAAACGGAGGUGACGGGACACGGGGAGAACGCAGCUCGCUGGUGUCCAAGCCAGAGGCAAGGAGGAAGGGCAGGAGUGAGAACACGGGUGGUGCAACCUCAGGGGAAAGCUACGAGCGCAAGCACGGUUCGACACCGAAGAACAGCACCAAAGAAGGUCAAGGAAAACAGGUCAAAGGACCGGGAGAAAGGAACUCAACAGAGGAAGACCAGGCAGCCACGGAACCUCGUCUGAGAGGGAGAACAAGCAGCGACGAAGCUGGUGCAGUUACCAAAGAGGAGCCUCAAUAUACUCACGAGGAACUGCGGGCACACCAACAGAUCAUGGAGUACAUUGCACAGUUCCUGCAGAUCUCUUUGGUGAAGGCAAAGGAGCAGGAGGAAGGAGACGCAAACUUCAACCAGUUCCUGCACCUGGCUAAAAUCCACCACUAUGCAAGUUGUCACUCGGCCAAGAGGCGGACGUACAUGCUGGACAAUACCUACAGAGUGGUGAUAGAGAAGGAUGAGCUGGCUCCUAGAUGUGUGGCCAGAAUGGAAGUCGAUGCAGAUGUGUCCAACAUCAUCAGGGAGCUCGAUAAGAUGGACGAAAUUGCAGUGCUUUUGAGAAUGGAGCCUUGUCAGACUGAGCAGAUUUUAGCUUAAAAUUCUCAUUCCAGUCCCAGCAGUCACAGAGACAAUAGACAAUAGGUGCAGGAGUAGGCCAUUCGACCCUACGAGCCAGCACCGCCAUUCACUGUGAACAUGGCUGAUCA